CGCGCCAAACGCCCGCUCCAACGGCCGCCCCGUGAGCGGGAAAUGGCGGCGGCCGCGGGCAGCGCUGAGGAGCUGCCGCCAUCCAUGGAGGAGCUGCCGGCAUCCAUUGAGGAGCUGCCGCCAUCCAUCGAGGAGCUGCCGCCAUCCAUUGAGGAGCUGCCGCCCCUCGCUGCUCUGCUGCAGCCGCUCCCCACUGCCGGGUCCGCCCCCGCCGGGGCCUCGUGUCCCUCAGUGAGGCCGGGGGGCGGCGUCGUGGUGCUGAGCAGCGAUAGCGAGGACGAGGUAGAGGUCGCCCCGCUGUCCGAGCGCCUGAGGCGGAGGCUGGUUCCUCCCUCGGCGGGUGUCGGGGCUGGAGCGGGGGGACGCGGCCUUUGUCCCAGCGAUGGGCGCCGUGAGCUGCUGCUGGUGGAUGAUGGCGGGGACUCGGCUCUGCUGCCGCCCGACGGACGUUCCGUCAGCCCCGUUAGUGCGCCCGGUGCCGGCGGACACUCGUUACCGCCCGCAGCUGCUGUGACCGAGCGGCCCGAGGGGGCUCCGGGGAGCGGAGGACGUGAGGGAGCAUCUCCCCCUCCGAAGAAAGCCAAGUACAGCCAGCAGGAACGGGGGGCGGUUUGCAGGGCGGGCUGCGAGAGGAGAAAGGAGCGGGAAGCGCGGAAAAGGCAACAGGAGGAGGAGAGAGAGAGGAGGAAGGUGCUGGGCCAAGUGCUGAAGGCGCAACGGCCGGGGCAGUGCCAGAAAUACAUCAGUGCCGUGCUGGACACAGGUACCGGGCAGCACGACCGGCCUCACGGCAGCUCCUGCCGCAGGAACCUGACCCGUGUGCCCAUGUCAGCUCUCUUACAGCUGGAAGGUGGAGCACAGAUCCGCGCUGCUUUGCAGGCUGCAAAUUACUCGUGUGUGGUGGAGAGCCAGGCUGUGCCCUGCAGCGUUACCUGGAGGAGGAAGGCAGUGUUGGCUCAGGCUGAGGAUGGUAAUGAAUGGACAGAAGAGCCAAAUCUCCUGGUUCUGCUUGGCUUGGAAGAGUUCCUGUCUAUGGUUCAUAGCUACAAGCAAGCGGCCCGGGGCUGUGCAGAACAGAAGGAGACUUUACAGAGCUUUGUAGCUCGUGUGAUGGAAAAAAUGCCUGGGAAAAUUCUGGCUCUAACAGUUGUUGAAGUAGAAAAAUAUUUCAGAUGUCUCAGAGCUCAGUCAAAAAAGAGACUGCAACAGACAACAGUGAAUAGAAGCCAGGGAGAAGAUGGGGGAGAUCAGAGGAAGAAACAAGUUAAUCAUCCUGGCCUGGAGAUCACCAGACUGGAUGUGGAAGAUGCCUUGGUGGAUUUGCAGCUUUGCACACGUGUCCAAGUCACUUUUUUUGAGAGCUGGGAGGAACUUGGAGAGUUUGCCGCUAUGUUCACAAAAGCUGUAGCUGAAGCACCAUUCAAACGAGAGCAGCAGAAUACAGGAUUCUCUUUCUACUUAGAGAACAAGUGGUGCAGAGGUGUGAAAGUGGAUCAUUCUGGAAAGGGUCUCCUGGAAGUUUGGAAGAGGCAGAUACAACAAUUUAACCGGGUCAGCGGGGAGAUGGCUGAGGCUGUUGUGUCUGCAUACCCUUCUCCUCAGCUUCUAGUCCAGGCCUACAGUAAAUGCUCGUCAGAGCAGGAGAGGGAAAACAUGCUGGCAGACAUCCCUGUGCGCCGCGGUACCGGUGUGACGGCCACCUACCGCCGGGUUGGACCUGAUCUUUCCAGACGAAUCUAUCUGCAGAUGACUUCCCUCGAUCCUGAUCUCUAUUUGGAUGUCACUGGAUAGCCCCAAAAUGAAGAUCUUAUGGUUUCUCUGGCUGUAUUCAUCUUCCUUCUGGGAAGUGGACUCCUCAGUUGUAGCUCGAAGACUUGAAGCACUUCCAGUCCUUAUCAUGGUAGAAGGAAACUGGACCAAAUUGCUGAAUUGCUGGAGUUUACACAAGAAAGAUGUUGAAUGUCUUCCAUAACAGCAUGAAUUGGACAUGCCUUACAGUACUGGUGGUGCCUUUCUUAUGUGUCAAGAAUUCUUCCAAGGGAAUAAAUAAUUUUCUAUAGAAAUUUAAUUAUUUCUUAAUGCACUUCCUGGACUUUGGACAGGCAUGACCAGAUGACCUCCAGAGGUUCCUUCCGACCUCAAGUCGUUCUGUGAUCCUGGCAUGUCUUCCUUUGAAUGUUUUCUACUGGUAUCCAGUGAGAUACCUUCUCCUUUCUCAGUGUGACAAAUGGCUCAAACAGCGUAGUGCUGCCCCCAGCACCUGCUCUGGUGAGGGGAAAGAACUUUACCUCACAAAAUAGACCUUUUUUUUUUUCUUAAUUGUUUUCUGCUGUGCCAGAUGGGAAUGAGUAAGACUAAUUUUCAGAUUUAAAUUUAGACUGCCCUGAUUCAGUCUCCAGACAGCUUAAUCUAUGGAGGGUCUUGAAAUCUGAUUAUAUGUGCUGGAAUUAUGAGGUCUAAACAGUUGGCAGAAAAAGCUUUCUAUUAAUUAGA